GUCCUGGUUGUAGGCAUGGCCGCUGCGUCGCCCCUGUCCCCCGAGGAGCUGCUGCUGCCCAGGGGCGGCCCGGGCAAGGCGGAGGAGCUGGAGGAGGAGCUGGAGGAGGAUGACGAGCUGGACGAGACCCUGAGCGAGCGGCUCUGGGGCCUGACCGAGAUGUUCCCGGAGCGCGUCCGCUCCGUGGCGGGAACUACCUUCGAUUUGUCCCUCUCCGUGGCCCAGAGAAUGUACCGAUUCUCCAGAGCAGCUCUGUGGAUUGGGACUACCUCCUUCAUGAUCCUCGUUCUUCCUGUUGUAUUUGAAACUGAGAAACUGCAGAUGGAGCAACAGCAGCAGCUGCAGCAGCGACAGAUUCUCUUAGGACCCACUACAGGGCUGUCUGGCAGUAUGCCAGGGGCCCUGCCUCCACUUUCUGGAAAGAUCUAACUUCCAAAAGCUGCUUCAGAUCCAUAUCACAGGAAGAGACCUCAACAUUGAUUCAUUUGAACUGGUGGUUUGUCAGAGUGGGCACCCCUACUCCUUUUUUUUUUUUUUUAAACUUUGGGACAGGGACCUAUCCAUAAUGGGGCAAAAUCCCCUCUCCUGGACCUUUUUUUUUUUUUUGAUGGGCUUCUCCCUGUAGUGUCCCCUCCAGCUGUCACAAGUUUUUCCUUUUAUUCAAUCAGUCCAUGCAGCGAGCAAUUAGAGACUUUAAAGUGAAGAGCUCCUGCUGUGGACUCCUUACCUUAGGCCACAAGUUAGGUUUUGGCCAGUUUGUUCAGUAAAUUCUGCAAAUCAAAAAAAAAUCCUGUAUUUCUCCUGGCUAAAUCAAGGCCGGAAGAGGCCACUGAUAGAAAGGAAGGUGUGUGUUUACCAGGAGGCAGAGUAGUAAGUUUCAUCGAAGCUCUGUGGCGAAAACUUCUUUUCAAAUAUUUUGCUUGCAAUUUCUUUUGUUGGAGAAGGAAAGGAGAGCACAUUUGGUUAAAGACUGUGCCUGGGUUUGCAUCAUAAAACAACUACAUUUCAGAAAUCAGCUGCAUACCUUUUUUGUAUUAAGUAUUAAAUAAAUUCAACCCAAACAUGGUGUAUUUAGUAGACAUCCCUUGUCCCAGCCAGAUACUAAUGGAAAAUUAGAGUACAUGUUACAGCUUUGAACGCAGAUGGGUGGUUAUCAUCUAGUUUUAUGUACACAGUGUUAGCUGUGAUGGGGUGGGAGAUGAGAUGGUUCCACCUUAAGACAGCUUAGAUAGGUAAGUAGUUUUGGAUAACUUAGCAAUGUCUCAGGAGUGGUAUCCUAGGGUUACCUAUAGUCAACUAGAUGGUUCCAUAUCAGAGCUCAGAAGGUGGUGUCUCUCAAGAAGGCCACAACUUCAUAACAAAGAACAAUUUAUUUUUUUCUUUUACAUACCAUCUUACAGAACAAUUCAGCUGAACACACAGAAGUGACAGGACGCUUUAUAUGGAGAUUUUUCCAUUUUUAAUAUUUGGUUAAACAAAAUACAUCUCUGUAAACAAACCCAAGACAAGGCUAUAACAAAACCAAACAAGCAAGAAAACAAACACGGGCUUCUCCACUCCUAAGCAGUGGGAUUAGUCUGUUUCCCCUCCCUCCGUCACUACAGCACUAUUCCCCAGGGAUGUGAUCAUACAGUUUCCCUUUUCCUGAGCAGCUGGAUCACACCCUUUCCCUGGGCGUUAAGCAGUGACAUUAGAUACAAAUAUAGGGAGGCAGCCCUACAAUGUUUUUAAAACAUCUUUGCAUAUUGUUCUCUGAUCCAUUGGCUUGCGGCUUCCAUGCAGACAGGGUGUCUCCAAAGUGCGAUUUUAAUCAGCAUAGAAAAUUCUUCUGCUGUUGAUUUUUUUCCCCUUCCCUUUUAGAAAAUGGCUUCAAGUCAUAAGCAGAAUUCCUGCUUGUGAUGUGUUUAAAAUUUCUGCCAGCUGGUUUUGGUCAUUGGAAUGUGG